AUGUCAGAUCUGGUAAACCGUCCUCGUUCGGAACUAACUCAAGAUGAACUUGCACAGUUAGAAGAGUUCGAGUUCAAGCAUGGUCCAAUGUCGUUGUUACAUGAUGCAAUGACCUCGCGGUCUCCCGUUAUUAUAUCACUAAGGAAUAAUCACAAAAUUAUCGCGCGCAUAAAGUCGUUCGAUAGACAUUGCAACAUGGUAUUAGAAAAUGUAAAAGAACUUUGGACAGAAAAAGAGGGCAAGAAACUUACGAAUAAGGAGCGUUUUAUUUCGAAGCUGUUUCUCAGGGGAGAUUCUGUGAUUGUGGUUUUGAAAGCGCCUCUAUAA